GGGGGGUUAGGUUAUAGUUUUGAUGAGAGGGGAGGUUUUGAUUUGGGGUUUCCAUAUUUUGAUUAUUUUGGUGAAGGAUGUUGAGAUUAGUGAAGGGUAUAAGUGAUUUAAUUUUUUUGUAGAAUGGCGUUUGAACCGAUGGCUCUACAGAGGGGGACAGUGUUAGUUGAAAAGACAAAUAAAGAGAAAAAUGAGGGAAGAGGUUUUGGUUCAGUGAUUAAAGGCUUUAUAUGCAGGUGAGGUGAGGAUACCAAGGUGUUAGUUCAUUUCAGAGAUCUUCUGGACAAAGAUUUCCAUACUUGAUCUUGAAAAGAUACUUACAGUGUCACAUGCAUUAGCUUACACAUUCAUCACGAGCAAAGUGAACACUAUAUAUAAUAUUUCUUGCUCUAGAUACAUAUGUGUCUAUUACACAUUGUAAUUUUGAUUUUAGAUUCUCCUCUUUGGUAGGUGGAUUCACAUAAUAUCAUGUUCAUGCAUCUCUUUGAGGAAACGCUUGAGGUCUGCAGUAGCCUUAGAAAUUUUGAUUUGCAAAUCUACAAUUACAAAAGAUUAUACCAUGUUUGGUUUCGUUAGUGUCUUGAGAUAAUCGAGAUUAAUUAGGGGAGUUUGCUUCGUAGUUAAACAGCUCUUUCCUACCUAACAUAUGUAAAAGCCUCUCCUUAUCAUUAUGACAACAUGGUCACCAGACUUAAUACAAAAAAUGUUAAUGAUGUGGAAAGUUACUUAAAGACGAGUUGCAGAAGUCUACGAAGGUUUUCAAAUUUUUGUUGUUGUUUAAUUUGAUGUCACACCUAAUAAAGUGGAGAUUAAGGUGUUUUCUAAUGGGCUGUUAGUGCCAAGGGGAAACGUGUAAAUAAUCCCUUUAAACCUGUCGUUCUUAAAUAAAUUAUAUUAAGAAGAAUAAGAGCCGUAACCAUGACAGUUCCUGGUGUCUAUUUCACAAUGUUUGAAACGAAUGCUUCAAUAAGAGCUUAAGAAAGCUAAAAAGAGAAGAAAACAAAAAAAAACAAUGAAAGUUGGAACCAUAGAAAUGUGACUUAAGGAGCAUAAUGUUGACCAAAAUAGAAUUAAGAGACUCUCUUCUCCUAUUAGCCUAUACGUAUUUUGUGUUGUGAAUUCUUCUUACAAUAGUUUAUUGAAACUAAUAUGUACACGAACGUACGUUCUCCUCGUUAUGAAUCCACGUUAUACCGUAUAUUAGAGACUGCAACGGAAAAUCACAUUUGAGAUGUGCAGACAGGACAUAUGUUACUCAUUUUGUUACGUAGCUUCUCAUAUGUACAUUUUAAUUAAUUUAUUGUUUAAUCUAAAAGAUAACUAAUCCUCGCGUUAAUUAACCCUCUGCGCACGAUUUUCAGAAGUGGUCCUUUUUGUUUUUAUAAUUACUGACCCCAUGCUUUUUCUUCAGUUGGUCGUUUUUUUCCAACUCCGUUGCUAAGUCAUCGAACGUCGUUACUCGUAACGCGUCUAUAUUUUCUUUCCUUCAUAUAAACUCACAUUAAAACCAGGAAGCACAUUCAACCUAUUUUAUCUUAUCUCAGAGCAGAUGGGGAAGAGGCUAGACGCUUUGCUUGGUCGGACUUUCAAAACCAACAAGUUCAAGUCUCUUCUCAACUUAGCUCUCACCAGGCUCUCUAUUCUCAAGAACCAACGUCAAGUCAAAUGCUCUCAGGCCACCUCUGAUGUCACCCAGCUUCUUAAGCUUGGCCAACACGAGAACGCUUACCAGAGAGUCGACCAAGUCAUUAAAGACCAGAACACCCUCGAUGUUUUCUUUUUCAUCCAUGGCUACUUCACUCUCUUGCUCGACCGCGUUCACCUCUUCGAACACAGCAGAGAUUGCCCUGAUGAGCUUCUAGAAGCUGUUUCGAGUUUGCUUUUUGCAGCUUCUAGAAUAGGAGAGUUUCCUGAGCUUCAAGAGAUUCGUAACGUUUUGGUUUCGCGUUUUGGUAAAGAUAUCGCGGCUAGGUCCAUCGAGUUGCGCAAUGAUUGUGGGGUUAAUCCCAAAAUAAUUCAGAAGUUGUCGACAAGACAUCCACCGAGAGAAGCUAGGAUGAAGGUUUUGAAGGAGAUUGCUGCAGAAAAUAACAUCGUUCUGAAACUAGAAGUUGCUUCUUCUACGACCAAUGAGGUAAGUAAAGGAAAAUCAGAUGUUUCCAAGCCUAUUUCCAAGGCUAAGUUAGCAAGUGAAGUUGGAGAAGAUGAGUUAGGAGAAGGCUUAGGGUUGUCUGAUUUGGUUAAGAGAGGAAAGCAGAAGUACAAAGAUGUGGCUGAUGCUGCGCAAGCAGCGUUUGUGUCAGCAGCUCAUGCAGCAGCGGCUGCACGAGCAGCUGUAGAGCUUUGUCAGUUUGCGCCUUGUGGACCAGACAAUACGGGUAAUACUGGUGGGGGAAGUUCAUCUAGUGGUUCUGGAAACAAUAAAACAGAACAAGAAGGUAAUGAUGAUGACGAUGAUCUUUCAGAAGGUGAAGCGGAUGUGAGAUCAGAAUCUAAGAAGUCUAUAUUGGAUACAAAAGAUCUCACAGAAUCUAAGAAGUCUAUAUCGGAUACAGAAGAUAAUAUUGAGGAUGUGAUGUCAUUUAGAGAAGACCCUGUGAAGCUGUUGGAGAAGGCUGUUGUGGUGUACGACAGUGAGGAAGAAACCAAACAUACUGUUCAGACUAAUACUACUACUGAGGUUAAAGAUGAGGAAAGUCUUAAGGAUUGUUCUGAUAGAGCGGAUACAGGACAUGUGGACAGCAUGGUUCAUUCGGUUGAAGAACCUAUUAUGAGUAAAGCUAGUUUAAAGGGUCCUAUUUCAGUCAGGACCAGACAGGUUCGUGGAUACUAAGAAGUAUAAAAUUUUGUCAGGUGCAUCUAUGGUAUAAUGACUGAGUUUUGUACAAUUUCUUUCUCUGUUCAUUAUUUUUUGGUCAAGGGUGUAACAUUAUUGUAUUGUAUACUUUAUGGAUAUUAGGUUUCAAUAAUGUUGAACAGUGGUGGCAUAUGUUGUCUAAGUU